AUGCCAGAAGAUGCUACAAGGAGCGAUGAUGACAAGAGAAACAGCGGAAAAAGAGAAGACUAUCUUGCUUGGAAUGAAUACUUCAUGUUGGUUGCAAGAGCAGCUUCCAUGCGCAGUAAGGACCCCCAGACACAGGUUUUCUUUUUCAUUCAUUUUCCAUCUCUCCUAAAUUUACAGGUUGGAUGCGUAAUAGUCAAUGAGGACAAAGUUAUUGUUGGAACAGGAUACAACGGUAAUUUUAUACUGAGUUAGAAAAUUUGCAAAGAGUAGGAAAAAUUAAUUGGAAAAGAAAAGCUCAGUAAUUUUUGAAAACCUGUUUUUCAAAAUAGUUUUUGAGAAGAGAUUAAAAAGUUGAAGAAAGAAAAAAAUACAUCGAAUUCCCAGGACUUCCGGCGGGUUGUGACGACGACAAGUUCCCGUGGGGUAAAGGCAACGAGAAUCCUUUGGAAAACAAAUAUGCGUACGUCGUUCACGCUGAGCAAAAUGCCAUUAUGAACAAAGUGAGGAAUAUUCGAAGAAAACAUUUUUUUCAAUACGAAAAAUGCGGAGCAAAGUAAUUGGAUAGAUGAUCGAAAAAGGGUAUAUUUUGAGGCAACAUAGAUAUCCAAUUUCUAGUUUUUGGAGGUCGAUGCAUCUUUCUAUUGCAAAAAAAAAAAUGCAAAUUAAUUGGAAAAAUGUCGGAGUUCUUUAUUCAUAGAACUCAAAUACCCGAAGAGAUUUCUUCGAAGCUGCAACUGUUCAGGAAGAAAAAUAAGAAUACGAAAUUCCACCAUCGAUGUCUAGAAGAGGCAACAAUAAACCAAGAAAUUUGAAUUACGAUAUCUUAAAUGAAAUACUUUUUAGAUCGGCGGUAGUAUAAGGGGCUGUACACUCUAUACGACACUGUUCCCAUGCAACGAGUGUGCCAAACUCAUUGUUCAGGUUUUUUGUAGCGCUUUUUAAAGAUAUUAAGUUUUGCAGUCAAAAAUCGCGAAAAUCGUCUACCAAAACGACAAGGAGGACUGGCGGUCAGCUGCAGCACGGAAAAUGUUCCAAGUUCAGAAUCCACCCAUUCUGAGCGAAAGAUAUGAACCAUCCGGCCGAGAAAUCCGAAUUAGUCUGUAA